GACGAUGUUGUCAUGGGAACGUUAUCGGUCAAAGAAAAUUUCCACUUCUCAGCGUCUUUGAGACUUCCCCGAUCUGUCAGCGACAGUGAGAGAAACGCCAGGGUAGAAGACGUCAUCAGAGAGUUAGGGCUGGAGAAAUGUGCCAAUACAAAAGUUGGCAAUGAGUUUAUACGAGGUAUUUCAGGGGGAGAGAGAAAGCGUUGCAACAUUGGCAUGGAAUUAAUUAUCUCCCCUCCUGUACUGUUCCUUGAUGAACCAACCACAGGUCUUGAUGCAAAUACGGCGAAUACCGUUCUUUUGUUUCUGAGGAGGUUGUCAAGAAAAGGACGCACCAUCAUCUUCUCCAUCCACCAACCGCGCUACUCCAUCUAUCGGCUGUUUGACAGCCUCAUGCUUCUGUCAAGUGGAUCAAUCGUUUAUCAUGGUCCAGCUCGCGAAGCCCUGGAUUUCUUUGAGUCCCAAGGUUUCCAUUGCCAAGAGCACAAUAAUCCCCCUGAUUUCUUCCUCGACGUUAUCAAUGGUGACCCCACAACUUUGAAGCGGAGUGAUGUUGCAGAGAAAGAUCUUGAUGAAGAGAUUGAACCUCAUGUCAGCCAGCAUGAUAAAUUGGUGGAGGGAUUCAAGAGCUCAAGCUGGAACAAUAGGUUACAAGAAGAAGCAAGCAGCAUUUUGGCUGGGUUCGAGGCAAAUGGCGGAUUGAAGGGAGCCAAAUAUGAAACCAUUGACUAUGCAACAUCAUUUCACCAUCAGAUUCGUGUGGUUGCAGGAAGAGCCUUAAAGAACAUUGUCAGGAAUCCACAAACGAGCAUUCUUACGGUUGCCACGGCAUUUAUGUUUGCGAUCAUCAUUGGCGCCAUUUUCUGGCAGCUAGACGAAGAUCCUCUAACAGCUUUUAAAGACAGGAGCGGUGUUUUAUUUUUCGUGACGAUGAACCAGAUGUUUGUCAACAUGUCUGCUGUGGUUGUGUUUAUCAACGAAAGAAAAAUCUUCAUGCAUGAGAACAUCAGUGGCUUUUACAGAGUCUCUGUCUAUUUCCUUGUCAAGGUUUUCUUCGACAUUAUACCACUGAGACUGGUGCCUGUUGUCAUCCUGUCUUGUAUAGUCUACUUUUCAGUGGGGCUAAAUCCAGGAGCUGACCACUUCUUCUUGUUCGUGUUCGGCCUGUUUUGUAUCACACUUUCUGCAGCUGGUUUCUGUUUCCUGUAUAGUUCCAUGGUCAAGUUGUUUGCUGUUGCCCAGCUGCUACUGGCCAUAACAUACAUCAUCAUGAUGUUGUUUGGAGGGUUUUUAAUUCAGCUGGACUCAAUAGGCCCAUGGUUGCACUGGGCACAGUAUCUCAGCAUUUUCAAAUAUGGACUAGCGCUCCUGUAUACGAAUGAGUUCAAAGACAGACAGUUCUGUGGAAACGACACUUGUCAAAGCGGAAACCACUUCCUGGAGACGCAGCAGGUCAGCUAUAAGGAGCCUUGGGACCUCUGGCGCAAUUAUACAGCUCUUCUUCUGUAUUCCCUUGGCCUGUUUUGCCUCACGUACAUCCAGCUCAGGAGAAUGAAGAAAACAACUUAA